AUUCAUCCUCCAUUGACUUGAAUCCUCAAUCGUUCCGCAGUGCAGGCGCUGUUAUUCCCUGCAUUUCAUCAGUGCACUCUUCUUUUCGCCUCUCGCAGAAGACCCUUUUGUCUCCGACAGCUUUCAGAAUGGAUCGUAGUCUCGACGAGAUCAUCGCCGAGCGCCCUCAAAAACAGCAACCUCAGGAUCGUGGUCGCCGUCCUCCUCAAGGCCGUCCUUCUCAAGGCCGUCGCCGUGAUGGCGUAAGAAAGUCUUACAGAGAAGAUCGCCCCGACUUGGAUCUCGAUUGGGUUCAUGACAAAUACGAAGACGACAGAGAUGCCCGCCCGUCCCGUGCCUCUCGACGCCCGCGCGGUGACCGUUACUCUCCCGAGCACGAACACGCAUCUACCGGAGCCAAGCUUCGUGUCGAGAAUAUCCACUAUGAUAUCAACGAGACUGACCUGGAGGAUCUUUUCACCCGCAUCGGACCUAUCAGCAAUGUUUCCCUCGUCUACGACCGGGCCGGCCGCUCUGAGGGCGUUGCCUUUGUAACCUACAACCGUGUCAGCGACGCGCGCACAGCCAUUAGCGAAUUUGACGGUGCCAACGCUAAGGGUCAGCCGAUCCGGUUGACACUCAUUGGCAGUGGUGGCAGCGGCGGAAGACGGGACCGCAACCCUUUUGACAACGUGGAACGUCCCAAGGGUAGUCUAUUCGACCGUGUGGAGCGCCCCCGCGAUCGCAACGCUCGCAGUCUGAGCCCUGGCAGCAGAAGCGGUAGCCCUGACGGCAACUCCCGGCGUCGUCGCGGUCGUCGUGGCGCUGGUGGUGCCGGUGGUGGUGGUUACCGCCGCAGCGACGUCACCAAGCCGCCUCCCGAGCACAUCGACAGAUACGUUCCUGGCCAAAGAUCUCCCGCCCGCAGACCUGCCAAUGGUGGCGGUGGUGGUGGUGGUAGACGUCAGCAGGGCGAGCGCGAUACCCGCGGUGGGGAGGGCCGUCGCACGGCCAACGGUCGACCCCGCAAGACCCAGGAGGAACUUGACGCCGAGAUGGACGACUACUGGGGUGGUGCGGCGAACGCCGGUGCUGGCGCGGCCGACAACCUGACGGUUCCGGAUGAGCCGCAGCAGAUUGCUCCUGCCUCUGCGGCGGCAGCUGGAGACGAUGACAUUGACAUGAUCGAGUAAAGCGUCAACUUUGGAAAACAAAUCUGCGAGUUUACAGGGUUAGGUUGUGCAAGGGAAGGCGUUGAGUGAUGAUCUCGAUGUUUUUGUGGUAUUGAAUUGGAAGAAAGGAUCUUGGUGUUUUUUUACCGGACACGAUUCCAAGAAACCGAAUUAUCAUCUAGAAAGAUUGAAACCCUACUACUCCAUGAUCC